UUAGCCAAUUCCUGAGCAGUCCAGAAAGGGGGCCGAGUCUGAGAUCCUGGUGGGAAUGGACAGACUUGCCAUGGGCUGAGUUUCGUUUUUCCUUUCUUUUCUCCUCAACUUGGGGGAAACAUCUGGGGGUGGGGGGGAAAUUUACAAGGUGGGAAUAUUGACUCUGAGUUUACGGGCAGGGAGGGUCUCUUUCGCUGAGGACUGGUUAACAUCCAGUGAGUUACUAGUGGGUUAUGUGAAGACCCAGAGACUCCACAUCCCCCCCCCCCCACAAGCUGCCUGGGUAGUGCCCCUCCCAUCCCCCUCUGUGUCAGGGACUCCCUGCCCCCCAUGCCUGGUGCUCUGUGACCCUUCCCCCAGGCCAGGGGCUGUGUGCUCCCCCAUUAUCCACUUCCACCCUUACUGGGGUCCACAUUCUGCUCCCCCUCAUGCCCGGGGUUCUCUGGGCUCCCCUGUUAUCUCCUUAUUUGGAUUAUGGCAGCCCCAGGACCACAUUGUGCCAGGCGCUGUGCAGACCAUGCCAACAGACAGGGUGUGCAGGGGAGGUGACACAACCAAGGCUCUAGCGGGGCCACACCUGGCGUGCAGGUGGGUGGCACCAGGCUUCCCCUCCCAAAGCGAGGGCGAGGGUCACCCCCCUGCUCCCAGUCCUGCCCCAGUGGACAGGGCAGCCCACAUGACCUCCUGAAGUCCCUUCUACCCUUUCCCGUCUCUGAUUUCUCUGACCCCAUGGACAUCGCUGCCCGUGUGUCUCUGCAGGGCCCGUGUCCCCCUCACCACCCCGCCAUGACUGUCACCUACACGGCCCGCGUGGCCAACGCCCGUUUCGGGGGCUUCUACAAACUGCUGCUGCUCUGGCGCGGGAGCAUUUACAAGCUGCUGUACAAGGAGUUCCUGGCCUUCUUCGUCACCUACCUGGGGCUCAGCCUGACCUACCGCUUUGUCCUGGCCGAGGAUCAGAAACGCUACUUUGAGAAACUGGUGAUUUACUGCAACAACUACGCCAACCUAAUCCCCGUCUCCUUCGUGCUGGGCUUCUACGUCACGCUGGUGGUGAACCGGUGGUGGAGUCAGUACACUUGCAUGCCCAUGCCCGACCGCCUGAUGUGUGCCAUCUCCGGCACCGUGCACGGUGGGGACGAGCGAGGCCGGCUUUACCGCCGCACCCUGAUGCGCUACAGCAGCCUCUCAGCCGUGCUCAUUCUGCGCUCCGUCAGCACGGCCGUCUUCAAGCGGUUCCCCACCAUUGACCACGUGGUGGAGGCAGGCUUCAUGACCCGGGAGGAGCGCAAGAAAUACGAGAACCUGAGCUCGUCCUACAACAAGUACUGGAUCCCCUGCGUCUGGUUCACCAACCUGGCGGCCCAGGCUCGCAAGGAGGGGCGCGUCCGGGACAACUGCGCCCUCAAGAUGCUGAUGGAGGAGCUGAAUCACUUCCGUGCAAACUGCAGCAUGUUGUUCCACUAUGACUGGAUCAGCGUCCCCCUGGUCUACACACAGGUGGUGACCAUUGCCGUGUACAGCUUCUUCGUGGCCUGUCUGAUCGGGCGUCAGUUCCUGGACCCAGCCCAGGGCUACGAGGGCCAUGACCUGGACCUGUGUGUGCCGGUCUUCACCCUGCUGCAGUUCUUCUUCUACGUGGGCUGGCUCAAGGUGGCCGAGCAGCUGAUCAAUCCCUUUGGGGAGGACGACGACGACUUCGAAACCAACCUACUGAUUGACCGCAAUUUCCAGGUCUCCAUGAUGGCCGUGGAUGAGAUGUACGACGACCUGCCCCUGCUGGAGAAGGACCGUUACUGGGAUUCCUCCAACCCCCGCGCCCCCUACACGGCGGCCACCGUCUUCCUGCUGCACCAGCCGUCCUUCCAGGGCUCCACCUUCGACAUGACGCUGCCCAAGGAGGACAUGCAGUUCCAGCCGCUGGAGGAGAUCGAGGAGGGGCUGGAGCCGAGUCAGCACGUCCCCCUGCACCUCCUGAACCGGCUGCUGUCCACGGGGCCCGCCCCGGGCAGCUUCGGCCGGCGCCUCUCGCUGCUGCGCCGCAAGAACAGCUGUGUCUCGGAGGCCUCCACCUCCUACAGCUGCCUUUGCCAGGACACGCAGAGCAUGGACUGCAGCUGUGGGCCCCCCGCCCCCCACCUGCCCCCCAGCGAGGUGCCCGUCGCCCCGGAGCAGCGGGGCUGGGAGGGGGGCGAGGAAGUCGGGCGCUGGGCCCCAGGCAGCCAUGAGGAGGUCUGGCCCGAGGAGUCGGACCUUGCCCAGUGGUCCCAGGUCUCCGUGCUUCACCCCGACAGCGCCGCCCCUGUGGCUGGCGGCUUCCCUUCGCCGCAGGAUAUGGGGCCCCUUGUGGACACAUCCUUUCCCUUGCAGCCUGGAGCCGCCCAGGAGCCCCCCGCCCGGAGCAGCCCCCCCAGUGCCGGCUACCGCCCCUGGCUGCAGAACCCCAUCGAGGAGGAGACCACGGCGUGAGCCGGGACGUGCCGCACAGAGACGCCCUGUGGCCAGGGGAACGAGGGGCCAAACCCCAUAGCCGGGUGGCCCCCCCAUAGCUGGGGGGGCCCCCAACACCUAGAUGAGACUGCAGAGACGCCUGGUUCUGGGCCAAAGGCAGCUGAACCCAGAUCUGGUGAUGCCAGAUGAACGGUUCAAUUGGGGGGGGUGCUAAUUGGGGGCCCAUCAGUGCUCCCCAUCCCCAGCAACCCAGACCCCUCUGCUCCCUGUCUCCCCAGCUACAGGCAAGGCCCUGGUGGUGCAGCACCCCCUGCUGGCUGACCCAUGCUGGAUCCAGCUCCGGUCCCCUCAACUCGCAUCCCCGACAGAGCAGGGGGGGGCUCUGCUGCACAUUUCAACCUUGGUGGCAAUGUUUCAUUAGCGCUGGAUUGCCCCACCUCCACCCUUACUUGCCAGCCGGGACUGGACAUGUGGGGGGAGCCUCACCCCUCUGUGGCUGGGGGAAAUGGCUCAAUCCCUUUUCUUUCACAGUCUGGCUCCUGCUUUUUUAAAUAUAAUUGUAUUAAGCUGCUCUUCA